GUCGUAACAAAGACUUCUUGGACUGUGGUGAUUUUGCCAACGACGUCAACAAAGGAGCCGCGGUGCUCGCCUUCGUUCCGGCAAUAUUGAAGCCGUCAGUCUGGCUACUCACCCCCGCCUUAUCGUAUCUGAAUGACGAACAGGUUCGUCGGACCGUUCUCCUGGCCGCGGUGGGUGAGGCGCCGCAUAUUGCCGAUUGUGAAGCCCAUACUGGACGAGCGGCAGAAGCAGCUGGAUCAAUACGGUAGGAAUGGGCCGACAAGCCAGUAAGUGGCAAUAUCGGACUGUUAUGUCGACCUGCAAUGACUACAUCCCACAGGAUGACUUCCUGAUGUGACCAUGGAGGAGCGAGACGUCAAGGGCUGGCCACGCAGAAGAUAUCCUGAUGCAGUCACUUCUCGGCAUCAAUUUUGCUUCCCUCCAUACAUCGACCAUCGGUCUCCUCAUGCGCUGUUUCACUUGGCUGCAAGCCCUGAGCAUGCCCAGCAUCUCCGUGAAGAGGCCGAUGUGUUCUGAAGGAAGACGGCUGGUCGAAAGCCGUGCUGGAACACAUGAUCAAGCUCGCAGCUUUCUCAAGGAAUCGCAGCAGCUCAACGGUAUCAGCGGGAUCACCAUAUUCCGCCGUGCGAUGAAAGACGUCACGCUUUCCGAUGGCACGUACGUCCCGGAGGGCACUAUAUUGGCUGCCGUCGCGACAGCCACGCAUCGCGAUGAGGCGAACUACGAGAACCCCAACGUAUUCGACCCAUUCCGCUUCUCUAGGCUGCGGGAGGAAGAGAGCGAGAGAACGAAGCAUCACUAUGUCACGACCUCCGCCAAGGACAUAGGCUUCGGUCACGGUAAACACGUGUGGUGUGUAUGCCCUUGUGCGCGGGCUUAGUUUGAAUGUGGCUGAGUUUAGGUGCGGCUGCAGCCCUGGACGGUUCUUCGCCGCCAACGAGCUGAAGAUUACGAUGGCAAAUAUUGUGUUGAACUACGAUGUGAAGUUUCAGGACGAGGGCCGAAGGCCGGAGAACGAGUGGAUUAGCUUUACUGUCAUGCCUUCUCAUAGUGCCCAUGUCAUGUUCGGGCAGCGGUCUGACUCCCCUUGCCGUAGCACUGGACGCUCUCGCAGCGAAAUAUUAUCCGAUCAUUCUAGUACUACUACUGCAUCACGGACGAGUCACUCACUGUAUUUUACCCACAAACCGAUCUCCGUAUGUUUCCCA